AUGGCUGCUGCGGGUUUCAACACCUCUGCUCCAUCAGUCUUUACUGGUGAAAACUAUGUUAUUUGGUCAGUGAAGAUAAGGUCGUAUCUGAAGGCUUAUUGUCUUCGGGAGGUUGUGGAGACUAGUGAGGAUCUUAUUCAACAUCAUGCUAACCCCACUCUUGCUCAGAUUCGACAGUUUGAAGAGGACAAAGCUAAAAGGUACAAAGCUCUGUCAAGUUUGCAUUCAGCUGUUUCUGAUGAAAUUUUCUUUAGGAUUAUGCAUUUAGAUAGUCCUAAGGAGGUAUGGGAUCAUUUGAAGGAUGAGUUUUUUGGUAGUGAUAGGACUAGGCAUAUUCAGUCUUUGAAUCUGUCUAGACAAUUUGAAAUGUUAAGGAUGGAAGAUGAUGAGAAUAUUAGGGAGUUCUUUAAAAGAAUGAUGAGUAUUGUGAAUCAGUUAAGGUUGUUGGGAAAGGCUGUUACAGAGGAAAAGUUGGUGCACAAGAUAUUGGUGAGUCUCCCAGAAAAAUAUGAAUCCAAAAUUUCCUCUUUAGAAGAUUCUAGGGAUAUUACUCAGAUGACUAUGAAAGAACUGGUAAAUGUUCUGGAGGGUUUGAAGCAAAGAAGAGUAUUUAGGCAAAGAGGUGUAGUUGAUAGUGCCCUGGUAGCUUAG